CACAUUUUCAUUUCGUUAUCAAGAACAAUGGACAGCUAAGAAAAUAGACCGUGUUUGUUGUGAAAUAACAAAACCCUCUUUUUCUUUGGUUCCACCAUCAAUCACUCACUCACUCACUCACUCGAAUGUUACUCUCGCUUUCCCAAUACAUCAUCUUCAAUCCAUUCCUCAGGUACUACUGCAACCGAAUUGCAUCCUCCACACUUUGAAUUUCUGAUUUUUCUAAAUUCACACAUUAAUUACCACUUAUGAGUUUGGAUACUGUAAGAAUGGCUUCUUGUUUUGCACCUACGAAUUCAAGAAAUUCAGCAGGGGUACUCGCUGUUAAUGGAGGAAGAAAACUGUUAGAAAAUCAUCACAUUAACAAAUCAUGUUUCGUCAAAAUUCACGAAAAUAAGUUUGCAUUUUCUAGCGUUAACAACAGAAAGUGUGGUUUGUUUCAAGUGAAGUCGACAGGGUUACCGAAUUCGCACAGUGUCAGUCCUUAUCAUCAUAGCAAAGACCCUUUUUUGGAUCUUCAUCCUGAGAUUUCAAUGCUUAGAGGAGAAGGAAGCAGUGGAUUAAACAACUCUACGCGUCCGAGAAAGGAUACGUCCGGUGGUGAUGUGAUGGAAGGGUUGGAAGACAAUUUGACUCCGAGUAAUUAUAAUGAAGCGAAGAUUAAGGUUAUUGGUGUGGGUGGUGGUGGAUCGAAUGCUGUGAAUCGUAUGAUUGAGAGUUCCAUGAAUGGUGUGGAGUUUUGGAUUGUUAAUACUGAUGUUCAGGCUAUGAGAAUGUCGCCUGUCAAUUCUGAGAACCGGUUGCCAAUUGGUCAAGAGCUUACACGAGGUCUUGGUGCUGGUGGCAACCCGGAGAUUGGUAUGAAUGCUGCUAAAGAAAGUAAAGAUUCGAUACAAGAGGCGGUUUAUGGAGCUGAUAUGGUCUUUGUUACUGCUGGAAUGGGUGGAGGAACUGGUACUGGUGCAGCCCCAGUUAUUGCUGGUAUCACAAAGUCAAUGGGUAUACUAACUGUUGGUAUUGUCACAACCCCUUUCUCGUUUGAAGGACGGCGGAGGGCAGUUCAAGCACAAGAAGGAAUUGCAGCCUUAAGAGACAAUGUUGAUACCCUGAUAGUUAUUCCAAAUGACAAGUUGCUUACUGCAGUUUCUCAGUCUACCCCUGUAACUGAAGCAUUCAAUCUGGCUGAUGAUAUUCUUCGACAAGGUGUUCGUGGCAUUUCUGAUAUUAUUACGAUACCCGGGUUGGUGAAUGUCGACUUUGCCGAUGUUAGAGCUAUAAUGGCUAAUGCAGGUUCUUCACUUAUGGGGAUAGGAACUGCAACUGGGAAAACGAGGGCAAGAGAUGCUGCAUUAAAUGCUAUCCAGUCGCCCUUACUAGAUAUUGGUAUAGAGAGGGCCACUGGAAUUGUAUGGAACAUAACUGGUGGAAGUGAUCUGACCUUGUUUGAGGUAAAUGCCGCAGCAGAAGUUAUAUACGACCUUGUAGACCCCACUGCCAAUUUAAUAUUUGGAGCAGUAAUAGAUCCAUCACUUAGUGGUCAGGUGAGCAUAACAUUGAUUGCUACUGGAUUCAAGCGUCAAGAGGAAAGUGAAGCGAGACCCGUACAGGCCAAUCAACUCACACAAGGAGAUACCGUUGUCAGUCGGCGAUCUUCCACUUUCACUGAUGGUAGUUUGGUUGAAAUCCCAGAAUUCUUAAAGAAGAAAGGGCGCUUACGCUAUCCAAGAGCUUAAUACUCUUUUCCCCCAACUUCUUUAAUUCCUUGUAUUUCUUUACCACUGCAUCAAUAUUAGGGGUAGAGUUAAACAUUGGUCUAGCUAGAUUCCCGUUUUUGCCCUUUAUAGCAAUUUUAGAUCCUUGUUGUCCAUGAAAGCUAAGAACUUUCCAAACUUGUGUGUUUUGAGGCUUGUUGACAUGUGUGAACAAGUUAGCUUAUAUUUUUGUACAGAGAAAAUACCAGUAAUGGUCAGGGCUUGUUAUAGAUGUUUGUUGCCUUCUUCAAGUAAGCUACUGGUUUUAAAGUAAAUAAGAAUUCAUGAACAUUUCUUCCU